UGUCGGUCUGUGGUUGAGCAACAUUGUGCAUGGAACCAUUGACCCUCGUUUUUUCUUCUGUUUUCGUGUCGUAGUUUUUUCGCGGUGAAGUUUGAGACGCUUGUGUGGGAAAUUCGGCAAAUAUGUUCGUUACUCGCUCUGGUAUCGCUAAUGAUACGGAGACGCGAGAACAUUCCAAUGGUGCGACAACAGAAGAAGGCGUCAGAGGAGACUUACCGAUGAGACCGCCUAUCAGAAAGCAGACGAACUGGAUUAUGAGCACGAUGGAUACGAUAACUGCGAGUUUUCGACCGCUGAUGUUUUCCAGUAUACUCCCAGCCAUCGCCUGUUCUUCUAGGCGAGUCCGAUCAAACACAAAGCAAAGAUGAAAGGUAUGGAGCCCCGAUGACAGACAACACAAACGACCACUACUAGUCUGUGCGUGAGAAGGCGAUGCUAAAUGCAACCCUUAUCCGCUCCAGGUCUUGUAUUCCGCCGCUGGAGUCACAAAUGUACUCCCCAGGUUUUACGGACAUGCCCAUCCUUCCACAAUGUUCUUUUUUUAAGUGGAUGUGUUACGUUGACGUUAUUGUCUUGUAGAGAUAAGAGUGACUUAUUUAGAUUUGUUAUCCAGGUGUUGACUAAGGGGGAUUUUAUUGUGGAGCGGACGGCUUGUCGUGACGGAGUGCUGACUACUGCUCUCUGUUUGUGCAUGUUUUUUUGUGUACGAUUUUGUAGAUCUUAUUGAUUUUAAUUGUCGGUUUGUUCCAUAGUCUGCUUUAUCGUUAUAGUUUUAUGCGGACGGGUCAAUUGGUCCGGUAUAAUUUGUAAAAUUUCUCUGGAAUCGUCAUAGACACUUAUCUAAGAUGGCGGACGUUUCUUAGCUCUUCGAAGCUUUUCUGUUGACAACAUUUGGACACCGCGAAAUUGCCCCCGUUCUCCGUGCUCCACUUGUGAGCAAUCAGUGCCACUAUGCCUCGAGAGAGGAAAAACGCGAACAAGUUCAAGGACGCGGACUUGGAAAAUGCCGGCGACAUGAAGCUCCAGCCAGAAAGUCCGUCGACGAAGAAACGGCGGACCCCCGCACAGGCGAGCCCCUCGAUUCCGGAUCUCGUACCUCCGCCCCCGAUGACGGGGUACGGAGAAACCAUCGUCGCGUCUAACCCUUUCGACGACACGGUACCGUCUCAACCCCAGCACCAUCCUCCGCCUCACGCGAUGAUGCAUCAGCAACCUGGUGUCAAUCAUCAACAUCCGAUGGCGCAGCCCAACGUGAUGCCACCGUCGGCGAUGCAUCAGAAACCGAUGCCCAUGACGUCAGGGAAGGUAUACCCGCCGGAUCAGCCGAUGGUGUUCAACCCUCAGAACCCGAACGCGCCUCCGAUAUAUCCGUGCGGCGUCUGUCACAAAGAGGUGCACGACAACGAUCAGGCCAUCCUGUGUGAGAGCGGGUGUAACUUUUGGUUCCACCGAAUCUGUACGGGACUCACGGAUGCGGCAUUUCAUUUACUGACUCAGGAAGUCUACGCAGAGUGGGUGUGUGAUAGGUGUCUGUCGUCAAAGAGCAUACCUCUUGUGAAGUUCAAGCCAUGAUAUGCUGAAGGCUUUCCUCGGGAACCUCAUUGUUGUAGUAGUGCGAGAAUUUUUCGUCGUCUUCCCUCUAUCUCUUCUCCGGUGUAUGAAGAAAGAAAAAAAAAACACUUUCAACUGCCUCUUUUGAUCUCUCUGAAAGGGUCCGUGCUCAAUGUCCUGUGUAAUACUGUUGGCAGCAAUAAGCAACAAUUCCUUGUCCAGGAAGGUCCUUCACAGGUCAGGCUGUUCCGGAGCACUUUGGGUUAGGGUCCUGUCAGCAUUGUUUGUGGGAAAACUGUAACAUAGUUGUAUGUAAGGGUUGUCAUGAAGCAUUAGGACUACCUCACAUGUAAUAAGGUGUCAGAAGAGAGAGCUUUGGUACUGUGGUGGGGUUUUUGUGACAAAAAUGAGAUGUAUUGUAGGAAAGGUCCUUAUUCAACGGACUGAGAAAGGCCGUUUGGCGGAAAAGAAACAUUGUUAUGCCAGUAUUAUUAGUGUGAGAAAUUGUAUCGUCGAAUAGCUUCUCACUUGUUCACGAGCAACAUAUGCCUGGUGGUGUUCUUUGCUUGUGAUCGAAGAACGAAACUUUUUCGGGGAUAACCUCUUCUUCGUUGCACACCUCUGUACGUAUGUAAUCUCUCGAACACUUACCACUUAAAUACACAUAAAAGCAACUCUACAGAACUCGUCCUGUCAUCGCAAAUGUAAAACAUUUGUGGCAUCACAAAAGAUCUCGGGAAAAUCUCAUUCUCAUGUUAUUUGUUUUUCAAAAAUAAAAUGUUGAAUGUU